CCGCGCGGGAGCCAUGUAACCCCGCGGCGGGCUCCGGGCUGCUCCGUCCUUCCCCAGCUCGCGGGCUAGCGCGGCAGCGGGGCCACGAUGAAGAAGCAGUUCAACCGCAUGCGCCAGCUGGCCAACCAGACGGUGGGCAGGGCAGAAAAGACUGAAGUUCUGAGUGAAGACCUUCUUCAGGUGGAGAAGCGUCUGGAGCUGGUAAAGCAAGUGUCCCACAGCACGCAUAAGAAGCUCACCGCGUGUCUGCAGGGACAGCAAGGAGCGGAGGCCGACAAACGCUCCAAAAAGUUGCCUUUGACAACCUUGGCUCAGUGUUUGAUGGAAGGAUCAGCUAUCCUGGGUGAUGACACUCUUCUUGGGAAGAUGCUGAAGCUCUGUGGAGAGACAGAGGACAAGCUGGCUCAGGAGCUGAUCCAUUUUGAAUUGCAAGUAGAAAGGGAUGUGAUCGAGCCCCUGUUUCUGCUGGCCGAGGUGGAAAUCCCAAAUAUUCAAAAGCAGAGGAAACAUUUAGCAAAGUUGGUGCUGGACAUGGACUCUUCACGAACCAGGUGGCAGCAGACUUCCAAGUCUUCAGGUCUGUCCAGCACCUUACAGCCUGCGGGUGCCAAAGCUGAUGCCCUCAGGGAAGAGAUGGAGGAGGCUGCCAACAGAGUGGAGAUUUGCAGGGACCAGCUCUCUGCUGACAUGUACAGUUUUGUGGCCAAAGAAAUGGACUAUGCAAACUACUUUCAGACGCUAAUAGAAGUGCAAGCUGAAUACCACAGGAAAUCACUGACGCUGCUGCAGGCUGUGUUGCCUCAGAUAAAAGCACAACAAGAGGCCUGGGUGGAGAAGCCUUCCUUUGGGAAGCCCCUGGAGGAGCAUCUCUCCAUCAGUGGCCGGGAGAUCGCCUUCCCCAUCGAGGCGUGCGUGACAAUGCUGCUGGAGUGCGGGAUGCAGGAGGAGGGCCUCUUCCGUGUAGCUCCUUCUGCCUCCAAGCUGAAGAAGCUUAAAGCUGCACUGGACUGCUGUGUGGUGGACGUGCAGGAGUACUCAGCUGACCCUCAUGCGAUUGCAGGGGCUUUGAAAUCUUACCUCCGAGAACUGCCAGAGCCUCUUAUGACCUUUGAACUCUAUGAUGAGUGGAUCCAGGCUUCCAAUAUUCAGGAGCAAGACAAGAGGCUUCAGGCUCUGUGGAAUGCUUGUGAGAAGUUGCCCAAGGCCAAUCAUAACAACAUCCGGUACUUGAUCAAGUUUUUAUCCAAGUUAUCAGAAUAUCAAGAUGUAAACAAGAUGACUCCCAGUAACAUGGCGAUUGUCUUAGGACCCAACCUCCUAUGGCCACAAGCAGAAGGGAACAUCACCGAGAUGAUGACCACAGUGUCACUGCAGAUUGUCGGGAUCAUCGAGCCCAUCAUCCAGCACGCGGACUGGUUCUUCCCUGGGGAGAUAGAGUUCAACAUUACCGGCAAUUAUGGGAGUCCAGUACACGUGAACCAUAAUGCCAACUACAGCUCAACGCCCUCCCCGGACAUGGACCCUGCCGACCGGCGCCAGCCCGAGCAGGCCCGCCGGCCCCUCAGCGUUGCCACGGAUAAUAUGAUGCUGGAGUUUUACAAAAAGGAUGGCCUUAGGAAAAUCCAAAGCAUGGGUGUGAGGGUUAUGGACACAUCUUGGGUGGCUCGAAGAGGCUCCUCGGCUGGCAGGAAGGCCACCGGCGCUCCGCCCUCCAUGCAGCCUCCCGCCCCGCCUGCUGAGCUGGCUGCCCCUCUGCCAUCACCCCUGCCGGAGCAGGUCCCCGACAGCCCCGCAGCAGUGGCCACACCUGCCCUUUCUCCAGCCGGCGGGGGCCUGCAGCCCGCAGCUGAGCGCACCAGCACGUCUAAAAGCAAGGAAUUAUCUCCAGGGUCUGGGCAGAAAGGAAGUCCAGGCUCUGGCCAGGGAACAGCCGGUCCGGGGACACAGCCAGGCACCAGCCCCGGCCAGCCACCUGCGGACCAGAGCCCUCAUACCCUCCGGAAAGUUUCGAAGAAGCUUGCACCAAUUCCCCCCAAGGUCCCCUUUGGCCAGCCGGGGCCUGUUCCUGAUCAGUCCGCUGGCCAGCCAUCCCCGAUCAGCCUGUCUCCAACUCCACCAAGCACCCCAUCACCCUACGGACUCGGUUACCCUCCAGGGUACUCCUUGGCCUCAGGCCAGCUGUCCCCGGCUGCGGCUCCACCCCUGGCCUCUCCUUCCGUUUUCACGAGCACUUUAGCCAAAUCCCGGCCUACCCCGAAGCCCAGGCAGAGGCCUACCCUGCCGCCUCCUCAGCCUCCCACGGUCAGCCUCUCGGCCUCCAGCCCUCAGUCCACGGAGCACCCCAUGCUGGAUGGCAUGUCCCCGGGGGAGAGCAUGUCUACAGCUGUUUGACAGAGUGACGCAGUGUGGAUACGUGUGAGGGGGAUUUUCAGGAUCUCGCCCACUUUGAUAUCCCCUCCAUCCACAUAGAGCUGGGAUCCACCCUGCGCCUGAGCCCCCUGGAGCACGCGCGGCGACACUCGGUGACGGACAAGAGGGACUCGGAGGAGGAGUCUGAGAGCACCGCCCUGUGAUGCGGCCCCCCGCCUGUCACACGUGUACAUACAGACGCAGCCGGGACACCCCGCCAGGAGCGGGCCCCGAGCUUGCCAAGUGUUCUCCACUGGCUCUUUCCUGUCACUUCCGGCCUGAGGUUGGAGUCGGGCAGAAAACUGCCACCUCUGGUCUGUGUGGCAAAUGUAGGUGGUGCAGAUUUUGUUUGUUCCUUUUGGGUGGUGACUUUGGCCUUUUGUUUGACCUUUGCCUUUUGACUUUGUGCCUAUUUUGAUCCAUUCUCAGCCUCCAUGCCAGGCAGCACCCACCUCUCUGCCCAAGGGCUUGUCAGAAACGUCCUUUGUGGGGCAGGGGAGCAGGAAAACCACGUGGGCACGCCUGAGGGAUGCUGCCUUGGCUGUGACAGCUGAUUCUGGUCUUGCAGUAUCUGUCCAGUGGGCCAGAAAGGAAGCAGGUCUGGGGGAGGAGAUGCCGCAUCCAUAGCUGGACUAGUUGAAUUCCAGAAGUCCUGGGCAUGGCCUGCCUGCCAUGCAGGGGAGGGUGCCCUUCCUCGGAGGGCUCCAGAGUACACGGCUUCACUGAUUACCAGUUCUGUUCCCUUCUUCCCCAAAAGCUCCCUUCACUCAUUUUAUACUCGAAUUUCAAAGAGGACCCUGACCAUGUCUGCAAUGCCCAAAGUAGCGCCCCGUCCCCUAAACACAUUAGACACCCAAGAAAAAUGUUCAUUUUGGAGGUUACAGUGAAUAGCAAUAAUUGUUACCCAAAGCAGGUGGGAGUAAAACCAGCCCCCGGAGACACCGGCCCUGUGACUGGCCUGCGGGUGCCUGCUCGGCUCACCAGCACCUGCGGCUCACCCCUCUCAUCAAGUCCCACCCAGCCCUGGGGAGGGCUCGUGGGCACUCUGGGGAUAAGGAGUCAGACACAGAUCUGGACCAUGCAUGCAAAGACAAAGUUGAAAAUUUUAUCCUUUUGAAAUAAAUAUAAUAUACCUAUACAUGAUAUAAUAUUUGUACAUAUGAAAUCUCUAUAUUUGUUUAAUUUGAGCCAUUCAAUCUAAACCAGUGUACAGAAAUAUGAAGAAAGACUGAAAUGCUUAGUUAUUUCCCCAGCUCGGUGUAAAGCCACCCUCCUCUGAGAGUGGAUUUGCAGACUUUUGAUGCUCCAGCUUUGCUCACCUCCCGGCAAGGGCAGUUCAAUCCCCUCUUUGUAAUGGAGCCCAGGGGUUGGAAGUUAUCUUUAAAUACAUGUAAAAAUUGUUGUCAAAAGUAAUGUUAUUAAAAUAGAUUUAUUAUCCCGAA